CGUAUGGAAUUAAAUAAAAGUUGAAUAUCAGAAUAAUUAUUCUACAUUUCCAUCUGGUGUGUAUUCAUAAGUGGACUUAGUGGAACUGUAACAGUUUUACAAUUCUUUUUUAUUUUUUAGUUACUUAUUUUGAUAAGAAUAGCUUAUUAUUUUUAUCAAGAAACAUAUCGCCGUGUAUGCCAACUGAUAAAUAUAUUUAUAAUAACAAACAGCAAUGUCUGAACAUCAGCAUGAAAUGUUUUUGUUGGUUAUUUGUGGACAAUUACUCUGGCAAGUAAAAUAUUGACUAUACAGUGCAAGUCUGACAGGAUCAUGCAUUUUUUUUUAAAGGUUGGUUUCAACAUGUCGGGUCUUGGCCUUGACACUGUCUCUGUUGUAUUGUUCUGCAUAAGCAGUUUAUUCAUCCGUGAAUACAGAAUGACUGUUGCUUGGGCCACGUGGACGACUUUUACCGUUGACCUUUGUGUUAGUGUUAAUGGUUCCACACCUGUUAGCAGACGCUCUAUUUUGCUUACCACAAUUGAUUUGCUUAUUUGUAUAUUAAAAUCGUUUUAAUAUAACUAUUUAACCCUACAUAAAAUAAACCACAAAAACUUAGAAUUAUUUUCAUUUCUUAUCGUUUUUACACCUAUGUAUUCUACACAGUAAAGGCAAAAAGCAUUAUAACUUGAACAACACAACAUGUAGAGAACAAUACUGUAUACAGUAUAAAAACCCAAACAACACACACAUAGAGGAAUACUGUUACUGAUCCUGUUGACCGAGAUGCAGCCCCAAACUUGUAUUAACGUCUCUCACCCCCAUACAUAACUAGAUAUUGUACAUUGAGUGUGACCCUAUUCCAAUCUCUACUGUAGAACAAACUGUCAUUGAUUUUUGCCAAACAGUUUGAAUUUAAAUUCAUUUAUUGAUAGUACCUUCUCUCAGUUUUCUUAUUUUAUUAUUUGAAAUCUGAGCGAUUUGUUGUGGCUAUGUCUUUUAAAGAAUGGAUUUUGAACAAGUUCAUGUCCAUUGAGACCAGUUCGUGGUAAUUUAUAUUUUUCAGAUCUUUUGGUAAGGUUCAUUCCUGUAUUUACAGCAAGGUCUUUGGAAUGUUUUGCCUUCCUACCUCACUCAUAUCUAUUAUUAGUAGUGCCAGUUUUACAUAUUCUCUUCAGAGUUGUAUACACCUACUGAAACAUGAAUACUGUUUGAAUGAAGACUUAGCAGUGGCAUUGAUAGGCGUAAAUAGGCUUAGGGCUCCUAGCAACUGAAGGAGUACCUGAAUCAUGUUUUUUAUUAUUAUUUUCAUAAGAACUUUUGCUGUUUUAGUAUUGCAUUAAAUUGAAAAAUAUAUGUUUUAAAUGAAACCGAUCCAAAAACACAUUUCUCACCAACGAACGGAAGUUUAAAUACUGCAGCAGGAAGAGCUUUCUAAUUUAGGCACUCGUGCGCUGAUUGGUUGCUAAGUUCAGUACAACACAGUGUGUAUCAUUUUGAUAAUGAUAAUGGCGCAGUGGUAUUAGGGUGUUAGUGAGAAUGACUUUUUAAAAUGUGUAUUAGUAUGUAUUGUGUUGGUAAAUUUUUUUGGUUUGUAGAAAUGAUGCAUUUGGUGUCUUUAGAGAGGGACCAAAAUAUUCCCGCUUAUAUUCCCCCCCCCCCCCCCAAUUAUCAGGACCUGACUCACACUACACAUACUGAACAUAACUUAACAGUAUUGGUAAACUGUUAGAAAAAGUAAUUACAACUCUGUUAUUAUGGUAUUUAGAAAAGAAUUAAAUUUUUAUCCAAAAUCGGAAAUGCAUCACGUAAAAACAGACAAACAGCUGAAUACUUGGUUAGUGUGACUGCUUGAGCUUUUAAAGGCUUUAUACUGAUGUGAUACUAUCCGUCUCAGUGUAAACAAUCAAAUCAUCACUGUACUUUGGUAGGGUUCAUUUUCACACGUUAGACGUGUGUUAUUCCUGUAGUUUUUGUGUUGUAAACACUUUUUUAUCUAUACUGUUUCAAUAACUAUUUAUAAAAUGUUACAUUUGAAUAACACCACUAAAGUUUUCCUAUUAUUAGAAGAUAUAUUUUAGUUCAACUAAUUUUAUAGAUUUGGUUUGUGAUUUAACGUACUAAUCAUUAAGUAAUCAGACUGUUUACUAGGUUGAUAUUAUAUUUUUAAGCUAAAACUAGAAUGAUCUUUUGUGCUGUUAUUUGACUUCAGAUAAUGCCAGUGAAUGUUCUAAUUAUUUAGACUUAUAUUUAGAAAUGAAUAAAUUUAACAUGUUCAUCAUUAGAUAGCUUUAGUCUUGGUAAAUCUAAACUUAUGUGUAAAUAUUUAAAACGUAAAGGUAGUUAAAGUUCUGUUCUCUGCUUAGGUUUCUUGUUCCUGGAUGGAGAUUAGGAUGGAUAACCAUUCAUGACAGAAAAGAAAUUUUCGGACCUCGUAUACGAAAGGGUUUACAGUCACUUAGUCAGAAGAUCAUGGGACCGUGUACAUUAAUCCAGGGGGCGCUUCCUACAAUCCUGAAGGAAACGUCUCAACAAUUUUACAACGAAACCAUUGAGUGUGUUAGGAGAAAUGCUGAAAAAUCCUACACAAUUCUUUCCAAGGUCCCAGGCCUGAACCCCAUUAUGCCAGCUGGAGCAAUGUACAUGAUAGUGGGCAUCGAUAUGGAUCGGUUUGGGGAGUUUAAAAGUGAUCUAGAGUUUGUCAAACGCAUGGUCAGUGAGCAAUCUGUGUUUUGUCUUCCAGGAACGUGCUUUAACUACCCGGACUUCAUGCGGAUCGUGUUGACUGUUCCAGAAGAACAGAUACAAGAAGCUUGUGAAAGGAUUGCUGAUUUCUGCAGCCAACAUUAUGCGUACUAUGAGAAUGCUAACUAGAACGACACCAAUAAUUUUUCAGAAGAAGCCUGAGUCCAAAGACUUAAAUUUGAAACACUUCUAAAUCAUGAAGAAGUAUCCUUGGUAUUUAUACUUCCUGAAAGGAAUCUGACAAUAUAUGAAACUUGAAAUGAAAAAGAAAAAAGCCUUCAAAAGGAACAUUGAUCACGAGCUCAUAGCUUACUAAUUAAAUGUUUCUAUAACUCUCUCUCUCUUUCAUUCUAUAACAGUUAACUCCCAGAGAUUAGCAGCUCUAAGCUGCUCAACUAAUCUGCCAGCUAAAUUAAGUUAUUCAGCACGGCGAAAACUUCUGGUAUAACGCACAACUUGAGUUGUGAAACAUCUUUCCGAGGGCCUUGAGCAUUAAUCUCCAUAUGCCUGCAACAAAGUAACAUGUAUUUAGUGAUGUCGGGUUAAUAUAUUGGAUCUUUGUCUCGGUGUUAGACUCACGCAGUAUUUAUCACAAAUCCAAAUGUCUCUAAAAAUAAUAAACUAAAUUUCGCAGUUUUUCGUGACAUAUGUUGUUUUUUUUUGAAAAAGAUACGUCACUUUGUAAGGGGUUUAUAUGUUUCGGGUGUUGUGUUUCAGGGAAUUUGGAAACGUUGUUGUUGCCUUAUGUUAACUAUAUAUUUGACAGUUCGUUUUCUUAAUGAAUACACUGAAAGAAAUUGGACAUAAAGAAUGAAAGAGACGCGAUUUUGUCACAGAAAUGGUUUAAUUUUCUACUGGCUUUACGAGAGAACAUAACUGUAAUAGGGGAAAGCCUAACUUACGAUUUGUUGUGUAAAUUUGUGCAUUUGUUCUUCCAGCUUGUUUUAUGAAAUAAUUAGUGUGGUUCUGUUUAAUAACAGCAGGGAACCGAAAAAAGAACGUUUAUGAACUACAGUUGUUGUACAGUUGAAAUAAUGUUAUACACUCUUCUUCAUGAAGAACCCUAAGAGAUUGAUUAA